UAGGGAAAUAAAUGCAAAACAAAUGACAAAGAUUGAACUCUUAGUUCUGUUUAAUUUUGAAACUGUUUUCUUCUUGAAUGAAUCUAUUUUCAUUUCUGUUUUUUAUGAUAAUGUCCUGAAUACAUUAAAUACACUGGUAUUCUUUAUUAAACCAGUGUUGUUAAUCCAGUUAAUAGUGAAAAUAUUGAAAGAUUAAGAAUAUACGGGAGUCCGUCGGCUCAUUCUUUAUGCGCAACACAUCUAUGAGUGUUGAUCUUCACUUUUUAUUAUGAAGUUUUGAUGUAGGUUAAAUUGUUUCAAUCGUUUCAUGUUUACCUACUCUUGAGAGAAUAAUUUGUGCUAAUUUAUAAUGUUCAAUUUGGGAUCGUUUAAGUUAUUCUCACCUGAUUCAAUCUCUAAGGAUUUGAGUUCAAGUGAUUAUGCAAAAACUGAGAAACGUUUGAAAGAGUUGUCAAGUUUUUUGGGUCUCAACAACAAACAAAGUUGGUCAUCACAAUUAACUUCUCGGGUUAUUCCUUCAACUUUAAAUUCUGUUCCAGCAUCAACAACAUCUGGAUUAAACCAUCAACAUAUCUUGAAUAGCCAUCAAAGUAGUCAUUUCCAUCCAGUUUUCACAUCAAAUGAUUCUGUCGAGAGAAUUGUAUCCAUUCAUUGGAAUGAUGUUUACAAGUCACUCGUUGUUGUCCUUUCAAAUGGCCUGAUAGCCUCUUGUUUCUUCCACCCUUCAUAUCUAAAUUGUAUAAAUUAUAUUUAUCUGGAUAAGUAUCUCAUUGGAAAAAUCAAGACGGAAUAUAUGGUUGAUUUUAUUUUCGAUAAUAGAAUGAUCAUCAUAUCCUACACUAAUCCAAGGAUAACAUGCAUUCUUUUGGACGAUGGAAAGCGUAAUAAGAGUUGGACUUCUCGCAAACGGAAAUUAUUCAAAUUGAAAUCACAAAAUGUAAAAAUAAUUGAACACGAGCUAGAUAUAAACUGCGGUAGACGUGCUGAACGACACUUACUCAAAAGUGAAAUAAAAAAUGACGAUGAAGAUCUUUUACUCGUUUGGUGGCAAAAUGGAUCCAAUACAAUCUGUCCCUGGUCAUCCCCAAUCACAUCAAAUAAAGAUUUCUGUAACAUCUUAAUCUACAACAUUAUUCAUAACUCAUUCGACCUGGUUGGAUAUGCAUCCAUCCUAAACGAUAUUCUCAAGAUUUGCUUCUGUAAACGACGAAUAAACAGACUGAUGACAGUUGAAAGUGAUGGUGACCACGGCUCUAUCCUGUUCAGAGAAUACCAGAUAAAUUUUAUUGACGAAUGCUAUGUUAUUGAAAUGGUCGAAUCAAUUCAACUAGCAGUUCCUUGUCAAGUUGUUAAAGCUGAUAUCAACUUUAACCUAAACAAAGUUAUACUCCUUUGUGAGGAUCGAAGUGUCUUAGUCUACAGUAUUGAUCAAAAUUCUAUUCGUUAUUUUCAAGCUCCAAUUAAUGCUAUAGACCUGGUCAAUAGUCCAUCUGAUUCUUAUUUCAUCAUGUCUGACUCGUUUGGUCAAAUAAUGAUGUAUGAUUAUGGUCUACAUGUAAUGCCAGCCAAUUAUGAUGAUCUCUUUUUACGAGAAGCUUUCACAGGACUCAGCGAACUCAAGUUUCUAAACAAUUCUCUUGUUUGCUUACGAUUCAUGGAUGAUCCCAAUCUCAUGCUAAUUGUUUUACCCAACAACCUAGAUUACAUUGGACUUAUACGAUCGUAUGUCAAACACGAUUACAUCAAUGAGGCUAUAGAAAAUGUUCAACUACUCAAUUGGAAUUUAAAUUCUUAUCUCGCCUACUCUUCUCUUAAUAUCAUCUUUAACCAUCUGCUGAAGACUCCUUUAAAUACCAUCAAAGAAUCUCAAUUACAAGAAGCUCUUGCCACAUUUUUCAUUCCAAAAAUACCUAUAGCUGAAGACAUCAUAGAAGAGUAUCAAUAUGAAAUGCAUUGUAUUGCCAAAAGAUUUUUUUAUCAUCUCUACCGUUACUCAUGCCUUGAAAAAGCAUUUAUGCUUGCUUUGGAUCUAAAAAGUCGCCAUUUAUUCCUUCUUCUUCACAAAAUCGCCAAAGAACGAGGAAAUGAAAAGCUUGCUGAAGUUUCAUUGACUAAUGCUCACAAAUUCAAUCACUCAUCUAAUACAAACAAUUGUGCCAAAAAUGAGCCAACAAAAGAAUUGCCUAACUCAAAUCAUCCAAGAACAGUGACUGAAUCCUGUUUAUUUGCAACCGACUCAUCUUUGAACCAACAAAAUCAAUUGAUCAACAAUAAUAAUCAAACCAACAAUUAUCAUUUUGAUGAUAAUUUACAAGCACAAUCAAAUGUAAAUUUACUAACCAAUAAUAGUAACGAAAAUUAUCAUUAUCAAUUAACUCACCAACAGUUGACAACUUUUAAACCUGUUCGCAAGGAUCAAUCGUCCACUCAUGAACCCAUACCAAUGUACUCAUCACCUCGAAAACGUGGUGAAUUAGCCACAAACAAAGUAUCAAAAGCUGGAAUUGUCAAUCCAAAGAUUGAGAACCCACUAAAUUAUCAACUGUCAGAUACUGAAUGCAACUCAUUUCAAGCUAUUCAUUCUCAACCUGACCAUGGAUCUUCAUCCUAUCAAUCUGACCAAUCUUCAACGGAAACGUAUAAACUAUUUGUUCCUCCUCCUUUACCACCAGUUUGUAAAGAUAAACCUCAGAUCCUAAUGACACCGCCACCUCUACCUCCGAAAAUUAAGAAUAGAGACAAAGUUAAGUCACAAUUUGAAAAUCAAUUGGAAGCUAACAAUUUCAUUUAUGAGGCCAAAGCAUACAGUGAUUUAUCUGAAACAAGAGAUUCUAACCAUAUUGGAAAAAUGAUGUCCAGAGAUAUCCAGGAUAAUCCUUCCUCAACUCCAACUGAAUAUCAAAUCAACCAGACUAUUAAAGCCAACAACGAGUCUAUGAACUCAAUGAUACCUGAAAGUGAAAAACAAAAUGUUCCCUUACAAAUCAAUCAUCUCAUGAAAAGCCAUGUGAAUAAUGAUAAUCCGAAAAUUGAAUGCAUACAUUAUGGUCUUGUUUAAAUAAGAAUCUCACUUUAAUAUAAUUCAAUAAUAUGUAAAUAUAACUUUUGCUAAAAAUGCAAUAUUUUUCAUUAUAAAUAUUCAACUCCAUAGGCCUUUUACACAUAUGAUUUGAAUAGAAGAAAAUUCAAAUCAAUUUAUUAAAUCUAACUCAACGUCAUAAAUUGAGAUCAUUUACACUUUGGAUAUUUUAAUUUGUUCAAUCGGUAAAUCAUCUUUACCAUUUUUUCGAGACAAAUAGCUCCAAAGCAGCUGAGGAAUAUGUUCACCGUCGAUUGUUGUUUCUUCAGCUUCUUUUAUCUCAUCAUCUUCAAGUUUCUUCUUUUGCUUGUUUGACUUCUUCUUUUUUCUUUUCUUUUUCUCUUUCUUGCUCUUUUUAUUUGACGAUUGGUCCUCAUCAGAAUCCUCAUCCUCCUUGGUUUCAUCUUUCUUCUCACCCUUAUUUGGAGACUUGCGAAUUUUCUUCCUGACGACAUUUCGCUUCUGCUGCGUGUCUUCCCAUUCUUCUUUAUGGAGCAUCAUCGCCUUCAUCAGCACUAUCGUCAUCUUCGUCAUUAUCAACCUUCUUCUGUUUCUUUCUCUUUUUGGCAUUUUGUUCUAAAAUGGAAAGGAUUUCUUCGUCAUCAGUUAAAGCUCCGUUUUCGUUCUCAGAGUCAUCUUGCAAGAUGUAACCACUACUGCCGUCAAUACUCGGACUUUCAUUUUCACUUUUGAUGCUUUCCUUCAGGAUGAAACUGGUUCCUUGAUCUUCUCCACCUCGAUAAACAGCAAUCGCUUCAUUUGGUGACUGAUUAUCCCUUAGCUUGGUCUUUUUGCGUCUUACAUUAUUAUUUCGCUUUGGACGUAUCUCGGAAUCAUCAUCUAUUAAAUGAAACGAAUGAAGGAUCGUUUUGGCAAUUGACUCUCCAAGGUUGUCAUACGAUGGAUUGGCUUUUUGAAAAAACUUGGAUGUUUCUAUGGUUGAUAACUGAGGUGGUGAUAAUGUCUGAUGUGAACUGAGUAAACUUGGACUAAUCAAAAAAUUUACUGGUGCGUCAGGAAUAUGAUGUCCAUUGGAAAGGCCGUUGAGGGGCACUCGAGUUGUCAAUACUCCUUGGUUCAAUUUGAUGUUAUUUAUGGUUAAUGAUAUUACAAUUAAUACAAAUCCUUUCGUAUAAAAGACGAGCUGAGGAGAUAUUGGAAAUAAUUAUCAAAUUAGAACAAUUGAAUAAAGAAAAGUCUUACCUUACUUAAUGGUGAUGUGGAAUCUGAGAUCAUUUAGGAAACAAGAAAAGCAAAGAGGAUAAUCCAAGUUGCUUCACAAUUUAAAAUUUGAAUAUUAUCAUCAAGUUACUUCAACAGAUUGUCAUUAACAAAUGAGUCGAUUUCCAAUUUAACUCUUUGCUUUACACCUUUUUACAUUUGCUUUCCAGUGUGAAAAAAUACAGAUUAAAUUGAUGAAUCUUGA